AUGGCUCUCCUCACCUACAAGAACAUCGUCAAUUACGCCGAGCAACAGAGUAUGUUGCCCAUCGCAUCGCUUGCAUCGCUCGCUAAUGCCAUCUAGGUGCCUUCAAAGACUUCCUCGAAAACUUCAAGUCGUCCUCAACCGAAGCGGAGGACGCGCUUGAAGACCUUCACCUCGACGGAGAUGGCACGAGUGACGAAUACGACUUCAUGGAUGAUGUGGAAGAUGGCGCGGGCGGUGUGAGAUCAAGAACGAAGUCAAAGACGAAGUAUAUGAAUACGUUGCAGGACGUCGCGGACCGGAAAAAGAAUCAGGUUCUGAUCGACCUUGACGAUUUGCGAGACUACGAGAGAAGCAUUGACGAGGAUGGUACAUCUGGCCUAAACCUCGUCUCCUCGAUUGAGAAGAACGCUCAGCACUAUGUUGAGAUCUUUUCGCGAGCUGCGGAUGAAGUCAUGCCACGACCGCAUCGUGAGCCGAACUUCAAAGACGACGUUCUUGAUAUUAUCAUGAGCCAACGUUCGAAGCGCAACGAGACGGUGCUGAUGCAGCGAGAGGCACACAUUGAUGCGGAAGAAGGUGGCAUUCCCGAAUCGAUUUUCCCACCGGAGCUUACAAGAAGGUAUACGCUCAAUUUCAAGCCAGUGACAGCUUCAGAAUCGAGCAGUGAGAAGAGCGGGAAAGCGCUUGCUGUACGGCAAGUUCGCGGCGAACACCUUGGACAUCUCAUCACGAUCCGUGGGAUUGCGACCAGAGUUUCAGACGUCAAACCAAGUGUACAAGUCAACGCCUACUCGUGCGAUCGAUGCGGUCACGAAAUCUUCCAGCCAAUCACCUCGAAACAAUUCACUCCCCUCGUCGAGUGCACAUCAGAGGACUGCAAGAACAACAAUGCCAAGGGACAGCUGUUCCUCUCAACCAGAGCGUCAAAAUUCUUGCCAUUCCAGGAGGUCAAGAUCCAGGAAAUGGCAGACCAGGUUCCGGUCGGCCACAUUCCUCGACAAUUGACCAUUCAUUGCCAUGGUGAACUUGUCAGACAAGUCAACCCCGGAGACGUUGUCGACGUUGCUGGUAUCUUCUUACCUACACCAUAUACUGGAUUCAAGGCAAUCAAAGCUGGAUUGCUCACAGACACAUAUCUGGAGGCCCAGUACGUGCAUCAGCACAAGAAGGCGUACGACGAUAUGGUACUAGCUCCCACCACCAUCAGACGAAUGACCGAGCUGGAGCGUUCCGGACAGUUGUAUGAGUAUCUCAGUCGCUCGAUCGCACCAGAGAUCUUCGGCCACUUGGACGUGAAGAAAGCGCUGCUCCUCCAGCUGAUCGGUGGUGUCACCAAGGAAAUGGGAGACGGCAUGCGCAUUCGCGGUGACAUCAACGUGUGUCUGAUGGGUGAUCCUGGUGUUGCUAAAUCGCAGCUUCUGAAGUACAUCACGAAGGUUGCCCCUCGAGGUGUCUACACAACCGGACGUGGUAGCAGUGGCGUGGGUCUCACUGCAGCUGUCAUGCGCGAUCCAGUAACAGAUGAGAUGGUUCUAGAGGGUGGUGCGCUGGUGCUGGCCGAUAACGGCACCUGUUGCAUCGAUGAGUUCGACAAGAUGGACGACGCGGAUCGGACAGCCAUCCACGAGGUGAUGGAGCAACAGACGAUCUCUAUCUCCAAAGCCGGAAUCACCACGACUCUGAACGCGAGGACAUCGAUCCUCGCGGCCGCUAACCCACUCUACGGUCGUUACAACCCUCGUAUCUCUCCAGUCGAGAACAUCAACCUUCCUGCAGCCCUACUGAGUAGAUUUGACGUUCUGUUCUUGCUUUUGGAUACGCCUUCUCGAGAUGCCGACGAGGAGCUCGCACGCCACGUAACCUAUGUGCACAUUCACAAUGCUCACCCUGAGCCCCAAGGCGGCGGUCUCAUUUUCUCGCCAAAUGAGGUUCGUCAGUGGGUUGCAAGAGCACGCUCUUUCCGCCCGGUGGUACCCAAGCAAGUGUCUGAUUACCUCGUUGGCGCUUACGUCAGGCUUCGCCAGCAGCAGAAGCGUGACGAGGCCGGCAAGAAGACUUUUACCUACACUUCACCCCGAACUCUACUGGGUAUCCUCCGCAUGUCACAAGCUCUGGCCAGGCUCCGAUUCUCAGAUGAAGUGAUCGCCGACGAUGUUGACGAAGCACUCCGACUGGUUGAGGUCAGCAAAGCCAGCUUGUAUGAUGACAACAAGGACCGUAGAGGAGAUCAGUCUGCCAGCACCAAGAUCUUCAACUUGAUUCGCGGCAUGCGGGAGAGCGGUGCUGCCGCGACUGGCGAAGGUAGCGGAGAACUCGACAUGAGGAGAGUGAGGGAGCGUGUUCUGGCCAAGGGUUUCACGGCCCAGCAAUUGGAGGCCGCCCUAGAUGAGUACGCCAGUAUCGAUGUGAGUCUUACUAUUCGUGCGUUGACGACCGGACGCAUGCUGAUGUUGCGAUCUAGAUCUGGCAAACUGCCGCCGAAGGAACCAGGUUGGUGUUCAUCGACUCAGGGGAGGACGAUGCAGACAUGGGAGACGAAGAGUUCUGA